AUGGCCGAGGAAAGACCAGCGAGCUUGCGGAUACCCUCACAUCGAGACAAUGUUGAGAUGGAUAGCCUGCUGUCGACGGGCAGUACAUCGAAGCUUAUCAAGCAGCACCGCGUUGAAUCCGACAAUACUGAAGGUGGAUCUUGGACUUCAACGUUGCUUAUACAGGCGCUUUGUCUCUUGUGGCUUGCUCCUAUACUGGCACUUUUGAUUCUCAAUAUUAGAGGACACAUUAUCGGCGCGAGUGCUUGGUGCCCGCCUUGGGACCCAUGCUGGGUCGAUACGUACAACCCGCAGCAGAUCGUCCCGCAAGAGAAUAUGGCUCGCUUCAAUAAAGCUGACCAUAACCUUCUGGGCUUCUUGCAACUGGUAGCUAAGGCCCUAGAAGUCUGGUUCAACUUCAUUGCUUGCUUACUCAUGUACGUCCUGACCGUCCAUCUGGCCGAGCAACCCACUGGACUUCCACUACGUUACCUUACCUUACCGAGCGAGUUCUCCGACGUGACGGUGCUACUAGACUGGUCGUUUUGGUCCUCAGUGGCCUGGUUCCCAGGAGUGUCAUCUGGUAGCUUUCGAGAUCCACGCGCACGUGUGCGGCUGUAUGUGUUACUGGCGAUUUUCCUUUGUAUACUUUGCAACCUCAUGGGUCCGGCAACAGCAGUGCUUGUUCUGCCUACUUUGGGAUGGCGGGAGACAGCAGCAUCUGAACAGGCAUGGGUGGUGAGCAACCACAGUAGCAACCCUCCACCCGCCUCUGGCUUCGCAUUCACGGACAGUGGCUGUACUGCAGCCGAUUUCAGUGCGAAAAAGUAUAGUUGCGCUGCGGCUAAGUGGGGUGUCACGCUUGACGGCUGGAUCUCAACCACUAUGACAUCGGUCGAUGAGACGCCCGGUUACAUGGACUGGUAA